ACUUGAGGCAACUCAAUACACUUUUAAACCACAAAAAUUAUUAGCCAUUUCACUUUCCUUUCCACCAACACAACUCCACCAGAAGAAAAUAAGGCAGGAAAAACCAUGGCGUCCACAGCCUCAUUCGUUCAUCCCCAUCAAUUAGUCCGCAACUCUCUCACCACCACCACCACCACCACCCCACCACGCGCAACGGCGCAUAUACAAUCAGCUAGCCGUAGAGGCUGCCUUAUCUUCACCGCAACGACGGUGCUGACAGCAGUCAACUUGCCAUCUGCCAAUGCCAAGGACAUUCCAUUGUUCGGCCUGCGAAAGAAGCUGGAGAAAGCAGAGGAGAAGGCAGAGGAGAUAGUCAAGGAAGGCUUCGAAACAGUCGAGAAAGGAAUCGACACUGUCGAGUCAGGUAUCGAAUCAGCUGAGAAGGGAGUUGUAGCUGCUGAAAAAGGGAUUGAAAGUGCAGCUGAGAGUGUGAGUUUUAGUGGGUUAGCUCAAGCUGGAGUAGUUGCUGGAGCUGAAUUUUUAGGGGUACUAAUUGCUACUUCUAUUGUUAAUGGCAUUUUGGGUUCUCAGCCUCAAAAAACCUGAUUUUUGUCAGUGUUAGUAAAAUUCAGUACUGUAAUACUACUUACUGUAUGAGAGUUGUAAACUUGUAAUGUUACUGCCAACAUAUUACAAACGGUAUAUCACUAAUUUCAGCUACUUAAGUAAUUGAAUUUAUUCGGAUUCCAUUUGA